UCCCUCGACUUCCGCGUAUGUACUCGCCCAGCUGCCAGCAUAAGUCUGCCCUAAGUCGCUGCUGAGCGCGACGACAAUAUUUUCAAGAGGCAGCUAGGGUUGUUCCGCAUAGCAUGGCUGUUGAGCACCACGCUCCGUAUCGCCAUAUAACAUUCUGGCCGAGGUGACGAAAGGGAACGCCAUUCAGACACGCAAGCAUUACUAGCUGGCCCAAAAUGCCUAGUACUAUCGCAAGAUUCCCGCCACAGGUCAAUACUCAGCUCAACUAUCAUCACGGGCAUCGCAGUGGACCGACCUCUUUUCUUGCAGGAACUGGAUCCGACAAGAGGCGCACGUGGGACGUCCGCUCCGUCACUGUCCAUGACAUACGGUGUAGUGGUGAAGACUUCACGCUCGAUAAGAAUGGCUUUCAGUUGGUAGAACACGAAAGCUUUGAGAAGUUGUUCGAAGACCCGAGCGAGUUCAAGCAUCCGGUCUAUGCAGAAACUGCUGAGCUUCUCCAGCAAGUCACAGGAGCCACUCACGUAAUUCCCAUAUCACACGUGAUCAGACGGGAAACACAUGAGUUCGUGACGGAGAAAGCCAAAGAAUGUGGUGAUGACGAGCCUGUCAACGCAAGCGGACCAUCGAUGCAUGUACACGUUGAUCAGAGUUACGACGGCGCUGUCCAGCUUCUUCGUGACAACGUCGAAAACGCCGAAGCGUACGUGAAGAGCCGAUGGGCAGUAAUCAAUGUGUGGCGUCCGGUAGCACAGCCUGUCACGCGCGAGCCGUUGGCAGUCUGUGAUAGUCGUAGCGUGGCAGAGGACGAUCUGCGGCCUAUGAUGGCCAUACUUCCAAACUUCACGGGCUCAUCCAACACUGUCACCAAAGGCAACGGAUUCGAGCUCUGGGAGGUCGCUGCCAAUCCCCAGCAUCGGUGGUAUUAUGUUUCUGAAAUGACACCUAAUGAAGCCUUGUUGAUUAAGUGCUUCGACAGCAAGAAAGACGGAAGAGCACGGCGAUGUCCACAUACAGCUUUCCAAAGCGAGUUUGAUAGCGGUCCCGCAAGACGAAGUAUUGAGAUUCGCUGCUUAGUCUUUUGGGAGGAUCAAAGCACCGAGUAGCUGCAACAAGAAUUAAUGACAAGGUUCAUUGACGCCAAGACAAAGGAUUCAGGCUAAGAUUCAGACGUCAGCGAGUAUCUGCUUACUGUAUCUUGAAGAUUCAACUUCGUACAGUCUCUCGACAUCAGUCGCUCGGGCCCUUUGGUUCGGGCCUUGGCGCAUUCAACAAUGACAGCUGCUAUUCGCAAGAAGCCUAUCACGAGAAACAGACAGUCGUUGACUUGUAGCUCAUGCACACGGCGAAAAUUGA